AUGAGCAGCCACGAGACGCGCAAGUUCGUGGACGAGGUGCGGGGCCUGGAGAAGAACUGGAUGCUCGACCUCGGCCACCCCCUCCUCAACCGCGUCGCCGACAGCUUCGUCAAGGCCGCCGGGAUCGGCGCGAUACAGGCCGUCACGCGGGACUCCUACUUCAUGGCCAUCGAAGGCGAGUCUGGGGGCACCGGAGCGGUGUCGGGCGCCACCGGCAGCAGCAAACGGACGUUCCCAGACCUCAAUGGAGGGACGAGCAACAGCAAGUCAGCGGAGGCCAUGGUGAAAAGCGUCAGCAAGGAGUCGUUCCAGUGGGGGCUCGCGGCUGGGAUGCACUCCGGCCUCACCUACGGCCUGGCGGAGGUGCGCGGGACCCACGACUGGAAGAACAGCGCGCUGGCGGGCGCCGUCACAGGCGCGGCGGUCGCGCUGACCUCGGACAACGCUUCGCACGAGCAGGUUGUGCAAUGCGCCAUCACCGGCGCCGCGCUGUCGGCCGCCGCCAACGUGCUCUCCGACAUAGUUUAG